CUUCAUAUUGAUGAACUGAUCUCAUGGGCGAAGAGUGAGGACAUGGAAGUUCAGUAUCAAGCUGCUCGCUCACUGGCAGACUUGGCCAUCGAUGCGGAUCAGCGGAGGCACAUCGAACACGCCAAUGCGCUGCAGCACAUUGUCAGCCUGCUACACAGCCCUUCCCCGGAAGUUUGUGAAUGCGCGGUCAUGGCGAUCUGUAACCUCGCACUUGACGACGGCUUACAGGACAAGCUGAAUCAGGAGGGAGCCUUGAAGGACCUGGUGCAGCUCGCGACGAAUGCUGAGCUUUCAGCUGGGAUGCAAUGUCACCUCGCUCGAGCUCUCGCCAACUUGGCCUACUGCAACGAGCGCAACGAGGAGGAUAUUGUGAAGUCUGGAGGGCUGACCUCGUUGAUCCGGAUGAUCUCGGCCUCCAACCCUGACGUCAUGCUCGAGGCUGUCGCUGCUCUGGCCAAUCUUGCGAGAAAUCCUCUGAACCAACGCAUGAUCGGGGAGAGCGGCGCGAUCUUGCACCUCGUCAACGCGAUGAGAGGGAAUGACAUCGAAGUUCUGCGACAAGCCUCGAGGUGUCUAGCAAACAUCAGCUUGAACCACGAGAAUGAAGUCGAACUCUGCGUGCCUGAGGUGAUCGAAGCGCUGAUCGCCACAUUGCGGGUUGACAACCAGGAAGUGACAACGCUGGGCAUGAUGGCUCUUGCGAAUCUGUCAGUCCAC